AUGUGGCAUAGAGGCUCAUUAACUUUACUUUGUAGUUCUUGCAGAUACGUCAUAAGAAAGUGGCAUAUUCCAAUUCUAGGAGUUGAUUGUAACGCAAACCCUAGACAUAAACAAGCAUUAUCAAACCCUACACCUCGCUCGAGAGGGAUACCGAAGCACUUAACACCCUAUAUAUUUGGAAAACAGUACCCGCGCCAUCCGACCUGGAGAGGAGAUCAUACAUUUGUAGCUACAUCAAAGUUUAAAAGCACACACACACAAAUAGAAGGGAUGGCAAACAAGUUUAACUUAGAGACAAUGGAGGAGGAGAUGACCAUUGAAUCGCAAGCGACCCGAGUUAAAGGGUCUGAGAAGACGGGAAAGUCGACUGUCAAUUUACAAGGUUUAGGAAGUAGAAGUGAUAUAACCUAUAAGAGAGACUCGGACCCACCUUCAGCAGAAAACUACUCGCCUAAAUCACCCACAUCCGCGACCCAAAAGGGGGACAGAACGCCGACGAGUCCAUCGCAGAGGGGGGAAAGGAUAGGCUCUAGCACGCCGAAGAGAUACGAUAAAACGUUCUCAGUGGCGCUCACGCAGGCGCUGCUGACCUCAGACUCGAAGCUGCUGCACAAGCUGCUGUCCACCAAAGAUACAGCCUCGAUUCAGGACACAGUGUCAGAUUUAACGCCGCCACUAGUGCUGGCACUGCUGGAGUUCAUACUGAGCGGUUUAAUCAAGUCGCCAAACCAACUGUACUCGAGAGAAGGCUGGAUUAACACCAUAUUGCGAGUCCACAACUCACUCUUCACGCGAAACAGCAGAGCGAAGAAGCUCCUGAUCAGACUGAACAAGUACAUAGUCGGGAGACUGGCAGUAAACAAGUCGCUCUUGAAGCUGAAGGGGAAGGUGGACGGUUUGGUGUACAUGGUGAGCAUGAGCAACAGGGCCAACUCCGCAGAGGCCGCCAAGGUAGACGAAAGAGGUGGGCGUGUAGGCGACUCGGGACCAGGGAACAGAGAAGCGCUGGUCACAUUUACAGUGGACUAG